AUGGAUUCCAAGACUGUAGGUGCACAUAAGCCUCAUGCAGUUUGUAUUCCAUUCCCAGUUCAAAGCCACAUAAAGACGAUGCUAAAAUUUGCAAAGCUUCUCCAUCUUAAAGGUUUUCACAUAACCUUUGUUAACACUGAGUUUAACCACCAACGCUUUCUGCAAUCUGGAGGUCCAAACUCCUUAGAUGGUUUGCCUGACUUCCAAUUUGAAACCAUUCCAGACAGCCUCCCUCCAUCGAAUUUCAACACCAACCAAGACCUCAUUUCUCUCAAUGAUUCAAUUAUGAAAAACUUCUUGGCUCCAUUUUCCGACUUGCUCAUGAAACUAAACACUGCAAAUACUUCAAAUAAUAAUCCCCCGGUAACAUGUGUUAUCUCCAAUAGUUUCAUGCCUUUCACUGUCACUGCUGCUAAAGAACUCAGAAUCCCUAUUGUAAUAAUCUUUGCACUUUCUGCUUACGCCGUAAUGGGUCUUAUGCAACUUCCUUCUCUCAGGGACAAAGGCUUUAUACCGCUUAAAGAUGAGAGCUAUCUAACAAAUGGCUAUUUGGACACAGUUAUAGACUGGAUUCCAAGCAUGAAAGAAAUUCGAAUGAGGGAUCUCCCAUCCGUUGUUCGAGCCACAGAUCCAAAUGAUGUUAUCUUCAAAAUUGCCUUUGAAGCAAUAAAGAGAGCUCUUGAAGCUUCAGCAAUAGUGAUUCAUACAUUCGAUGCAUUAGAGCAAGAAGUUUUGGAUGCUCUCUACCCCAUGUUUCCCCGAGUAUAUGCCAUUGGCCCUCAACAAGUCUUACUCGAUCAAUCACCCAAUGACUCUCUAAAGUCAAUUGGGUAUAGUUUAUGGAAAGAAGAAACUGAGUGCCUCCAUUGGCUUAACUCUAAGGCACCCAACUCAGUGGUGUACGUGAAUUUUGGAAGCAUAGCUUUCCUAACACCACAACAGAUGCUUGAGUUUGCUUGGGGACUUGCAAAUAGCAAGUAUCUGUUCUUGUGGAUUAUUAGGCCCGACUUAGUUGCUGGUGAGUCGGCUAUUUUGCCAGCUGAGUUCGUGGUAGAAACAAAAGAAAGGGGUUUAAUAGCUAGUUGGUGCCCCCAAGAGGAAGUGCUGAACCACCCUUCGAUUGGAGUGUUCUUAACACACUGUGGAUGGAAUUCAAUUCUUGAAAGUAUGUGUGCAGGAGUGCCGAUGCUUUGUUGGCCAAUCUCUGGUGAUCACCAUACAAACUGCAAGUAUACUUGCAAUGAAUGGGGUAUUGGCAUGAAGAUCGAUAAUGAUGUCAAGAGAGAGGGACUGGUAGAAAAUGUGAGAGAGUUAAUGGAAGGAGACGGUGGCCAGAAAAUGAAGAAGAAAGUCAUGGAGUGGAAAAGGUUGGCCAAGGCAGCUAGUGAACCACAUGGGUCUUCAUCCAUGAACUUAAACAAUUUGAUAACUGAAGUGCUCUUACAUAAAGGGUAGAUGUUUUAGAAGAAAGU